AUGGUUUGUUUGUUGUAGGUGGGAGACAGAGAGGACUCAAACUUGUACAUCAGCAUGAAGCUAAAAGCAGCUACUGAGAUCGGGAUCAAUGCAGUACAUGUGAAGCUUCCACGGACUGCAACUGAAAAUGAGGUUAUGCGCAGUGUAAUGGAAGUCAAUGAGGACUCCAAAGUUCAUGGGCUCAUAGUCCAGCUGCCCCUUGACUCCAUCAACACUAUUAAUACAGAAAGGAUUAUCAACACUGUGGCUCCAGAGAAAGAUAUGGAUGGUUUGACAAGUAUAAAUGCAGGGAAGCUGGCACGUGGUGAUCUUGGAGACUGUUUUAUCCCAUGUACUCCUAAUGGAUGUAUGGAGCUUAUCAAACAAACAGGUGUGUCACUGGCAGGAAAAAGGGCUGUGGUAAUUGGCCGCAGUAAGAUUGUUGGUGCACCAAUGCAUGACCUUCUCCUUUGGAAUCAUGCAACUGUAACGACCUGUCAUUCAAAGACUGCAGACUUGGUCUCUGAGGUGGGAAAGGCAGACAUAUUGGUGACUGGGAUUGGUAAACCAGAGAUGGUUCGCGGAGAGUGGCUGAAGGAUGGUGCCGUGGUCAUUGACUGUGGUAUAAACACAAUCACAGACAGCAGCAGGCCAAAUGGGAAGAGACUUGUUGGAGACGUUCACUAUGACUCUGCCAAAGAUAAGGCUGCAUUUAUUACACCUGUACCUGGAGGAGUCGGUCCAAUGACUGUAGCCAUGCUCAUGCAGAACACAGUUCUGAGUGCCAAGCAUUUCCUUCAAGCCCAAGAACCUGGGAAGUGGAAUAUAAAUUACACCCAACUCAACCUACAACGGCCCGUUCCAAGCCAAUGUGGUUCACUCAAACUUAAUGCAUUUGCAUGUGUGCGCCAACCAUCCCAAGGUCCAACGUUUGGCAUCAAAGGUGGUGCUGCUGGUGGUGGCUACUCUCAAGUUAUUCCCAUGGAAGAGUUCAAUCUUCAUCUGACUGGUGACAUUCAUGCCAUCACAGCAGCCAAUAACCUGGUAGCUGCUACAAUUGAUGCUCGUAUGUUCCAUGAAGCCACCCAGUCUGAUAAGGCUCUCUUUAAUCGGUUGGUACCCUUCACUGGAGGUCAGAGGAAGUUCUCCCCAGUUCAGAUCAACAGACUUGAAAAACUAGGUAUAAAGAAAACGGACCCCAGCACGUUAACAGAAGAGGAAAUCACGCACUUCGUGAGGCUGGACAUUGACCCUGAAUCCAUAACUUGGCAGCGAGUGCUGGACACAAAUGAUCGGUUUCUGAGAAAAAUCACCAUUGGCCAAUCUCCAACUGAGAAGGGCUUCACCAGAACUGCCCAGUUUGACAUCACUGUAGCCAGUGAGAUUAUGGCAGUUUUAGCUCUCACCACCAGUCUGGCUGACAUGAAGGAGAAACUUGCAAAAAUGGUGGUGGCCACCAGUCGCAGUGGUCAGCCUGUCACAGCAGAGGAUUUGGGAGUGUGUGGAGCUUUGACAGUACUCAUGCGAGAUGCCAUCAAGCCAAACCUCAUGCAGACACUAGAGGGAAACCCUGUGUUUGUUCAUGCUGCACCUUUUGCAAACAUUGCACAUGGAAACUCAUCAAUCUUGGCUGAUAAAAUUGCUCUGAAACUAGUUGGACCUCAGGGAUUUGUGGUCACCGAAGCAGGUUUUGGAGCAGAUAUUGGGAUGGAGAAAUUUUUCAAUAUCAAAUGUCGCUACUCUGGUCUCAAGCCUCAUGUUGUGGUCUUGGCUGCAACAGUUCGAGCACUUAAGAUGCAUGGAGGUGGUCCAACGGUCACCGCAGGCACGCCUCUGCCAAAAGAAUAUAUUGAAGAGAAUCUGGCACUGCUGGAAGCCGGCUGCAGUAAGAGGAAGCAAGUGGAGAAUGCUCAGCUUUUUGGGGUUCCAGUAGUUGUGGCCGUCAAUGCUUUCAAGACAGACACAAAGGCUGAACUGGAUCUGAUCUGUAAACUAGCCAAAGCAGCAGGAGCUUUUGAUGCUGUGCAUUGCUCUCACUGGGCUGAUGGUGGCACUGGUGCUGUAGAUCUGGCUAGAGCAGUGCAAAAAGCUGCAGACUUACCCAGCAGCUUCAAAUUUCUUUAUGGCAUUGAGUUACCUAUUGUAGACAAGAUCAGAAUCAUUGCGCAGAAGAUCUAUGGUGCAGAUGACAUUGAACUUCUUCCAGAAGCCCAACACAAGGUGGACCUGUACAGCAAACAGGGUUUUGCAGGUCUACCCAUAUGUAUGGCAAAAACUCAUCUGUCUCUGUCACAUGAUGCUGAAAAGAAAGGUGUCCCCACUGGAUUUGUUCUUCCAAUUCGUGACAUUCGUGCAAGUGUAGGGGUAGGCUUUCUCUACCCACUGGUUGGCACAAUGCCGACUAUUCCUGGCCUUCCUACUCGUCCAUGUUUCUAUGACAUUGAUCUUGACACUGAGAGUGGAGAGGUUCUUGGACUUUUUUAAAUGAAGUGUUAUUGGGAUUACAGUUUGUGGCAGUCCACAUAGGAUUCCUUCAACUGGAUUAAAGAGCUCAUUCUUCCUCUCAGAUCGGAGGUUGUUAUUUGACAGAACAGAUGUGUUGUCAUAACUUUUGAUAUAUUCUGAUCUAUAACAUUUGUCUAUUUUCCUAAUGAAAAUUUCUAAUAAAUAUUUUUAUCAGACUACACUACACUACACUAAUACACUGAGCAAAUAAAUUAAAUUGUCCGUGGCAUGAUCUGGUCCAAAUAUUUUUGUAAGUGGUUAAGUGCUUUUUUUUUUUUAAAUUUUAUUAAUUGUCAUUUCUAAACUAAUUUUGUAGAUUGUCAUUAUCUCAUAAUAAAUGUUUUCAAUCUAUAGGGUUUCUAUCUAAUUUUUUUUUCUUCAUUUGUCAAGUGCCAAAUAAGAGUAAAAACUGACUUUGGUGAG